GAAGUGCAAAGUAAGGGAUACCCAAGUGACGGCUCUUAUUUAUUUGUGUUACAAUACCAUCCGAGAUUGAGGCCCAAGUGUAAUAGGUGUACGAACACAUUGUAAGAGAUCCCUGUCCUUGUCCCAGAGAGCUAACGGUCUAAAUGAACAAGAUAGACAAAAGAUGUGAGGGGAAAGAGGCAUAGAGAGGUGAAGUGACUUGCCAAGGUGUCAGAUCAGAUCUGUGGUAGAGCUGGAAACAGAAUCCAAGUCUCCUAACUCCCAAUCUAGUGCCCCAUCCCCUAGACUAUGCUGUCUCCCAUAAAGGUUAUGAUGAGGUCCUUAACUUAUGUAAUAAAUAGCCAUGAUAGGGCACUAGUCACCCAGAAAACACCAUUCUCUGCAAUUUAGAAAACACAUGCAUUUAAAAGGCAAGACCUAAUUUUACUGUACCUUAAAUGCUUUUUACAUCAGCUAUUUCAUUGUUACUUUUUUUACCUGUUACAGAAACAUAUUUCAGGUUACCCUGAUCUCCACCAUGAUCUCACAGUGCUUAGCAGAUUUCUUAAAAAUUGUAAAUUUUCAUCAACGGAGUCCCAAAUUACAUCAAUGUUUAAGAAGUGGCAAAAAUGGUUUCAGCACCAAGUCACUUUCCAAACGUCAAAGGCGAGUAGUUGUCACAGGUAUUGGUUUAGUGUCUCCUCUUGGCGUUGGGACUCAAUUUGUGUGGAAUCGCCUUCUCCAAGGAGAAAGUGGGAUUAUCUCUCUGGAUGGGGAAGAAUAUACAAGUGUACCAUGUAGAGUGGCUGCUUGUGUGCCAAGAGGAAAUGGCAAGGGUCAGUUCAGUGAAGAAAACUUUGUGUCAAAAUCAGAAAGCAAAUCCAUGUCUUUGGCCACUAUCAUGGCCUUGGGUGCUGCAGAGCUAGCAAUAAAAGACUCCGGCUGGCAUCCACAGUCUGAACUGGAUCACUUAACUGCUGGUGUGGCAAUUGGAAUGGGAAUGGUUCCGUUGGAAGAUAUUUCCAAUACAGGCUUGACAUUUAAAACAAAAGGUUAUAACAAAGUCAGCCCAUUCUUUAUCCCUAAGAUCUUAAUCAAUAUGGCAGCAGGUCAGAUCAGCAUUAAAUACCAGCUGAAAGGGCCCAAUCAUGCUGUUUCAACCGCUUGUACCACAGGAGCACAUGCUGUUGGAGAUUCCUUUAGAUUUAUAGGCCAUGGUGAUGCUGAUGUGAUGUUGGCUGGAGGAACAGAGGCUUCUAUUAGCCCCUUGUCUAUAGCUGCAUUUGCAAGAGCUCGGGCACUCAGCACUAACUUUAACUCAAACCCUAAACUGGCAUGUCGACCAUUCCAUUCACAAAGAGAAGGAUUUGUAAUGGGAGAGGGUGCAGCUGUGUUGGUGUUGGAAGAAUAUGAACAUGCUAUGCAAAGAGAAGCCAGGAUCUAUGCAGAAAUUUUAGGUUAUGGACUCUCUGGUGAUGCUUGCCACAUAACAGCACCUAAUCCAGAUGGAGAUGGUGCUUUUAGAUGUAUGUCUGCAGCAAUAAAAGAUUCUGGAAUAUGUCCUGAGGAUAUAACAUAUGUCAAUGCACAUGCCACUUCUACACCACUAGGAGAUGCUGCUGAGAAUCAAGCCAUCAAGAGACUUUUUAAAGAGCAUGCAUAUACUCUUGCAGUUUCCUCAACAAAGGGAGCAACAGGACAUCUCCUGGGGGCUGCAGGUGCUAUAGAGGCAGCUUUUACUGCACUGUCCUGUUACCAUGGAAUUUUACCACCUACUCUCAACCUGGAUAGAACCGAGCCGGAGUUUGAUCUCAAUUAUGUUCCGCUAACAGCCCAAGACUGGAAAAGUGCAAGACGACGCAUUGCUCUUACUAAUUCAUUUGGCUUUGGUGGUAGUAAUGCAACACUGUGCUUUGCUAAUGUUUAACUUACAAUGUGUAUGUGUGUGUAAAUACUACAAAUGCAAAUUGGUAAAUGCCCUGAAAAAUGAUUUGUGGACUUCAUUAUGUUUUGUACUGUAACACUUUUUACAUGAACCACAUACCUUUUUAUUCAGUCACAUUGGAGACUUGCUUAUUUUUUUCUUUUUUAAGUCUUACAGCGCUUACCUAUUUAUACUUCAGACUACAAAAGAAUGAAUAUUGCUCUUUUAGAGUCUGAUCUUGCAAAUGCUAAGUGCUUUCUUUGAUUUCAUUCACUUCACUGGGAGGUUAGGACGUUCUGCACUUGGCAGGAUUUAGUCCUUAAUAUUACAACUCCUGUUUGAUCAACAACCCCAUUCAUCUCAUUCUCUCCUUUAAGAUAUUGUUUGCAUUACUUCUGAUUAUGCAGAACUUUGAAAUACCAAAUUCAGCACUUUAAUUAGGAAUGUCUUAUUUUAAAAAGAAAGGUAUUAAAGUUGGAAAUGCUCUAAAAUCUUUUUAUAUUAAAUAUUCAAAAGUACAUGCCACUGUUAAAAAAAAAAAAAACAAAACAAAAAACCUAUUAAUUGCUCUCUCUCUUUUUUUUUUGUGAUGUAAAAGUAGAAUCUAAAUGGAAUUAUUCUUGCAAAUGGUUUGGUAAAGAUGUGGCUCAGCUAGACAGAAAAAUAAACCUAUUUCAGCUAUUCUAAGUGAGGGGGAAUCUGUCAAAACUGAGGGCUUUAUUUACAUCAGUGCUAUAUCUUUUGCAACAUCAAAGAAGUAGACUCAGCUGAAUUGCCUUUUCCUCAAAGGAUUUAACAGUGAACAGAAAUUUAUUUGAUUUGAAAGCAUGAUGGUUUUGUAUUUUCUUUAUAUGUAUUGGUAAUCCUGAUUUUGUUUUAAAUUUUAAUAGAAAGAUUUAAAAUAAAUAAAAAUUCCCCUCCUGUUUGCAGUUCAGAUAUUCCAGA